CCCCCUGCCGCACGGGAAAAAGGCACAAGCGGCGACCUUGGCGAGCAGGGGCGCUCGGGCGGCUGCAUUGGCCCGGGCUGUGAGCGGAAUUCCCGGUCGGGUUGUGCGCCCAGCGCCGGACCCUGCGGUCGGCCCGCUUGCGGCGGAGUGUCGUGUCAACUGUCGUUCCUGGUCCCGCCCCUUUCUUGGCUGGGGCCCCGGGCCCUCGCGGCCACCUCUGCCAUUGCUGCCUGGGGAGGCGGGGCUCAGGCCGCUCUGGAUGGUGGUUAAAAUGAUCAUAGAAAACUUCGAGGCGCUGAAAUCCUGGCUCAGCAAAACCUUGGAGCCCAUAUGUGAUGCAGAUCCAUCAGCCCUUGCUAAGUAUGUUCUUGCUUUGGUGAAAAAAGAUAAAAGUGAGAAAGAACUUAAAGCACUAUGUGUCGAUCAACUGGAUGUGUUUCUUCAGAAGGAGACACAGAUAUUUGUAGAAAAAUUAUUUGAUGCUGUAAAUACCAAGAGUUACCUACCUCCACCAGAGCAGCCAUCCUCAGGAAGCCUGAAAUCAGACUUCUUUCAGCAUCAAGAAAAAGAAGCAAAAAAAGAAGAGGUAAUUAAAGAGGAAGAACGAGAGAAAAAAUUCUCUAGAAGGCUUAAUCAUAGUCCUCCUCAGUCAAGUUCACGAUACCGAGAAACCAGAAGCAGAGAUGAAAGGAAGAAAGAAGAGCGUUCUCGCAAGAGAGAUUAUGAUCGGAAUCCUCCACGAAGAGAAUCCUAUAGAGACCGCUACAAUAGAAGAAGAGGAAGGAGCCGGAGCUACAGCAGGAGCCGUAGUCGAAGCUGGAGUAAAGAAAGGUUGCGGGAUCGAGAUAGAGACAGAAGUAGGAGCCGCACUAGAAGUAGAACAAGAAGCAGAGAAAGAGAUCUGGGGAAGCCAAAGUAUGACUUGGACAGAACAGAGCCAUUAGAAAAUAAUUACACUCCUGUUUCUUCUGUAACAAACAUUUCAUCUGGCCACUAUCCUGUCCCUACGCUAAGUAGCACUAUAACUGUUAUUGCUCCCACUCAUCAUGGAAAUAGUACUACUGAAAGUUGGUCAGAAUUUCAUGAAGAACAGUUGGACCACAAUUCCUAUGGAAGACCUCCACUACCAAAGAAACGGUGCAGAGACUACGAUGAAAAAGGGUUUUGUAUGAGAGGAGACAUGUGUCCUUUUGAUCAUGGAAGUGACCCUGUAGUUGUAGAAGAUGUGAACCUUCCAGGCAUGCUGCCUUUUCCAGCACAGCCUCCAGUUGUCGAAGGACCUCCUCCUCCAGGACUUCCUCCUCCACCACCUAUUCUUACUCCUCCUCCUGUAAAUCUUAGACCGCCUGUUCCACCUCCAGGCCCUUUACCUCCCAGUCUUCCACCUGUGACAGGACCACCACCUCCACUACCACCUUUGCAGCCCUCUGGUAUGGAUGCUCCCCCGAAUUCUGCUACCAGCUCUGUUCCUACAGUUGUAACAACAGGGAUUCAUCACCAACCACCACCUGCUCCACCCUCUCUCUUUACAGAAACAUAUGACACAGAUGGCUAUAAUCCUGAAGCACCAAGUAUAACCAGCACUUCAAGACCUAUGUAUAGACACAGAGUCCAUGCCCAAAGACCAAAUUUGAUAGGACUUACCUCAGGUGAUAUGGACCUGCCCCCAAGAGAAAAACCUCCAAAUAAAAGUAGCAUGAGGAUUGUAGUGGAUUCAGAGUCCAGAAAGAGAACUAUUGGUGCAGGUGAUGGAGUUCCAGCAAAGAAGAAUUGGUUUGACAAACAAAAUUUUAAUAGAACAAACAGUCCAGCUUUCCAGAAGAAGUUGCAAUUUGGGAAUGAAAAUACAAAACUUGAAUUGAGGAGAGUUCCUCCAGAACUUAAUAAUAUUAGUAAACUAAAUGAACACUUCAGCAAAUUUGGAAAUUUAGUGAAUUUGCAGGUUGCCUACCAGGGAGAUCCAGAAGGUGCUCUCAUCCAGUUUGCUACCCAUGAGGAGGCUAAAAAAGCGAUAUCGAGUACAGAAGCAGUCUUAAAUAAUCGAUUUAUCAAAGUCUAUUGGCACAGAGAAGGCAGUACUCCACCAAUGACAACUUCAGUGCAGAAGGUAAUACAGCCUUUAGCCCAGCAACCCAUUUUACCAGUUGUGAAGCAGUCAGUCAAGGAAAGAUUAGGCCCAGUACCUGCCAGUAACAUUGAGCCUGCUGAAGCUCAGAGUGCCAGUGCAGAAGCCGUGCAGAAUGUAACCAAACUAUCUGUUAAGGAUAGACUUGGGUUUGUGCCUAAACCACCUACUCCAACUACAGAAAAGGUGUUGUCUACUUCUACCGGCUUGACAAAAACAGUAUAUAAUCCAGCUGCUUUGAAGGCAGCUCAGAAAACUUUGCCUGUAGUUAAUACUAGCCUGUUAGAUUCUACUGAAGUACAGAAGAAAAAACAGGAGGCACUGAGACUUCAGCAAGAUGUGAGGAAGAAAAAACAAGAGAUCCUAGAAAAACAUAUUGAAACACAAAAGAUGCUGAUUUCAAAACUGGAGAAAAAUAAAACUAUGAAGUCAGAGGACAAAGCUGAAAUCAUGAAAACUCUGGAGACAUUAACCAACAGUAUCACCAAGUUAAAGGACGAAUUAAAAGGAGUUUCCUCAGCAAGCAAUCCACUAAAAAACAUGAAAACAAAGACACAGAUGCAGAAAGAACUACUGGAUACAGAGUUGGACUUAUAUAAGAAAAUGCAGGCUGGAGAAGAAGUUACUGAAUUAAGGAGAAAGUAUACUGAACUGCAGCUUGAAGCAGCAAAGCGAGGAAUUCUUUCCUCUGGCCGUGGGAGAGGAAUGCAUACACGAGGUCGGGGUGUCUCUCGUGGGAGAGGUAGGGGAGUACGAGGCCGGGGUCGAGGAAGAGGUGUAUCUGUUCAUGCUGUGGUGGAUCAUCGUCCUCGGGCACUUGAAAUCUCAGCUUUUACAGAGAAUGACAGGGAAGAUCUCCUUCCUCAUUUUGCGCAAUAUGGUGAAAUUGAAGACUGCCAGAUAGAUGAUUCUUCUCUCCAUGCAGUGAUUACUUUCAAGACAAGAGCAGAAGCGGAAGCAGCUGCUAUCCAUGGAUCUCGAUUUAAAGGGCAAGACCUGAAGUUGGCCUGGAACAAGCCAGUAACAAAUAUGUCAACUGUGGAAACAGAAGAGACUGAGCCAGAUGAAGAAGAAUUUCAGGAAGAAUCCUUGGUAGAUGACUCAUUGCUUCAAGAUGAUGAUGAAGAUGAUGAUGACAAUGAAUCUCGUUCUUGGAGAAGAUGAUUCAUCUGAUUACAGACAGCACUAGAGAUUUACCUAUGUUGCAUUAACAUUUCCUAAUGUACUUUUGCAUAUUUGUACUACAAGGAAAUUGGAUGAAAGAGAUGGAUUUCAGAUAAGAAACAAGCAGCUGAUUGAUCCUGUAUUUUGAGUGAUUGAUGUUCAAGUUGCAUUUACAUUUCGGUAAAUGAUUGCUACAGACAUCGUAUUAGGAACAUAUGCAAUGUUUUUAUUCUAUGGAAACAUUACAGAAUUCUUUGGAUUCUUUGUAAUUUAAAAUAAUUGGUCACACACCAAAAUGACCAAGUGUUGUUACAACAUAGAUUAUUCUUUGUUUGUUUGUUUUAUUCCAAGUAUGGAAUGAAAAUUUGCAUUUAAGAUCUUUGUGAAUGUUUUCAGAAAUGAUAGAUAACAGUACUAAACUGAAGUCUCUAAAGUUAUGUAUUCAUAAUAUUGCAUAGUAGUAUGCUUAGGCUUUACUAUGUACUAGCCUUUUGUUGGAUUUGUGUACGUAUUUUACGUAUGAGUUUUAAUGAUACAGUGUAUGACUGCUUUGCAUAUAUCUCUUUAUCACCUUAAGAUGUUUAAAAAAUAAAGAAAUGGAAUGGUCUUGAAAAAAAAAAAGAAAAAAGCAAUAAUGAAAUUAUACCCGUGGCCCAUGAUAAUGGAGAAAAAAUUUAAAAAAUUUAAAAAAAAGAGAGAGACCAUUCCAAGUGGCAAUCCCAACCCCCCAAUAUUCAAGAAAAGAGCUGAAUCACUGUCAUUUUUCUACUUCAUAAUGAAUAAAACAAUAUAGAAAACAAGGCAUUGAAGCCAUAUGCUUAGUUUACAUAUAUACAGUGCACUAAAAUCUUUUGAAACACACUUUAAAUUGCUAAACUGGCAACCUGACCUCAGAUGAAGUUCAUGCAUUGAAACAAAUGUUCUCAAGCCUGGGGAAUCGAAGAGGACUUUCUCGUGAGAUCAAGGCUCAAGUUUAAAGAUAUGUAGCAAAAUGAGUUUCAAAACUGGUAAUUGCAGCACAGAAGUACUAGCAAGAUUCAACUGCAAAAAUUUCUCAUACUUUGAAUCUUCCCUAAGCAAUGUUGGGAAAAUGGAAAGACCUCUCGUCACUGCGGUUUACCAUGGAUAAUUCAGGCUAUAUUAUCUGAAAAAUGCUGAACGAAGUAUUGCUUCAACAUUGCAAACAAUAUUUUAAAGUUUCUAAACAAAUGGAUGGCCAUGUAAUGCUCCUGGAAAAAAACUAUAUGAAGCUUUCCUGUAUUUGAAUAUAGAAUGUUAACAGCAACACAGCGACAAAUGAGGAUGAAAGGCAGUAGAAGCAGAGCCAAUAAACUUCAGUCAGUCACUCCUGCUCCAAUCUUUUCUAGAUCAACAUCAAUUGCAACUUUCCUAUUACAAAGGUUUGAAUUUUUUAAUUACAUGACUAAUGUGCAAUUAUAUGAAGUAAUGGAUUUGUGAUAAUUUUUAUAUUAAAUAUAGCCUUUCUAACAGUUGAAAUUCCAAGAUGUAGGCAUGUUUGGGUACUAAAGUCAACUCUGAUGUUUUAAGGAAAAUUUGGAAAUGUCUUAAGCUGUGAAAUGAUUCUAUUUCUACUUUUGAUAGAAAUUAUCCAGUGAAUGCUUAGAAUGUAUCAUAUUGCUAUGAAUUAUACUCUUCCCACUGUCCUUUCUAAACAAAGCAACCUGCUUUUUGUAAAAUAAACACAUUGAUAAGUUCUAAUAAUUGAUAUUUAUGGUUAUGUUGCUUGCCUAGAUCUUUUCCUAUUUGAGUCUUCUCUUCAUUUAAAAUAAUUGCAUACCAUUUUCUCCUUUCCAUAAAUAGUGCUUAUAUUGCUGGUCUUUUGUCUUUAAGGAUGCUAUAGUUAUAUUUGCGCAGCAAAUAACAGUAAAUUUAAAAUUCAGCCACUUUUCUUCCUUUGUUUAAUUAUUUUGAACAUGAGGCACAACUCCCAGAUGAUUCAAGAGCAGUCAGGUAGUUGUGGUUUUGCUUACCUACUGUUUCUUACAGAAUAAUUUAUAUUAAAUGGUUGCUCAGGAUGAUGAAGUCCAAAACCUGGUGUGUAAACAAAUGGUAAUACAUUUUUUUCUUUGUAAAUUGGUAAAUGUCAUUCAAUUUUUGAUAAAGGAAUUGUUAGUAUUUAUGUAUAUUCACCUAUCCAGAUUAAUACCUUUGGGUUAGUAGUUAUCACUGUCUUACUUGUGUAGCUGAUUAUGGUUAAAGUAAGAUAGGCAAUCUCACCUAUCUAUGGAAGACUCCUUAUGUAGAAAUUAUUUAAAUGCUAUGUGUUUUUAAAAAGUAAUUAUAGGCAUUCACAUCCUAUUGCUGUUGACUUCCAGAAAUCAAAGAGAAGCCAAAAUGUGAUUGAAUUAACAUAAGUUUGUAUUUUGCAGAUGAACACAUAGAGAUUCUGUCCUACCCAACAACAUUAGAUGACUUCUCAUUCCUCACUCUGAACCUCUCUGCUUAGUUAUCAUUGUACUAAUCACACCUCUACAAUCCUUUUGACUGAUGGACUGGGGCAUAAGGUGUAAUCAUUUUUAUUCCUUCUUAACUAACUGAAAAGAAAUACUUUUUAGUACACUCCAAAACUCUAUGGAUGAUCAUAGAAGAUGCUCUUCUUUUCUUCCUCUGAAACUUCCCUUGAUAACCAUGCUGCUGAAAGAUAAAGUGUCACUUAAUCUGACCCUGAAAAAACAUACUUACUAGAAGAAGAAGAAAUUAACUUUUAGGUGAUGGCAGAGUUGUUUAUUCAUUCUCAUGAGACAGAUUAUCAUCUCAGUAUUGGAAGAAAUUAGUAUCUGUGGUAGAAAAUGGCGGAAAAAGGCAGAGUUGUACAAAAAUUGCUCAGAUUCAUUAAAGGAGAACAUAGAUUAAUCAAGUACCUAAAAAUAACCAUAAACAUGUAGCAAUGCGUUGAAUAACUCAAAGUUUGUGUGUUUAAAUAUUUGUUUCUAAUGUGCCUUGGAUUUUCCUUAGGGAAAUGUUAAAGCAUGUUCCCUUCUCUUAUAGGGAAAAAAA